UCUCUCUCUCCUCUCUUCUCUCUUCUCUCUUCUCUCAGCUAUUCCACAGCUCCUUCAAACCCUAACGCCGAGACCAGUCGCUAUCAGCGACGUUGUGAUUCUCUGAGCAAUUCCUGAACAUCUCCGGCGAACAAUCUCCGCCGCGGAUUUUUUAUCAUCAUUGACGAUCUCUUUCCCUCCGUCACUACUUUUUUUUUUGUCCUCGCUCCAAUUUCUUCCCCGAAUGUUCCAUCCAUUGCUUUUGAUUUAGGCUUUCGCCGUCGUGUUAGCCUGAAUCCGAAUUUUUUGGUCUGUAAAGAAGAGCGAACAGAGUCAUUGAUUAAGAGAACCUCGUUUUGUAUGAAGAGAUAAGGAAGCUCUGCGUUAUUGAAGUGGUUUCAUGGAACUUUCUGUUUCCUCCCCAAAGCAAAGUGUGUUAUCUCCACCUGAGUGUAUGAGUGACCCUGAGGAGGAGCAUGAGAUCAGCGAGGAGGAGGAUGACGAUCGCAACCAUAAGCACCGAAGGAAAGAAGAGGCGAGAUCUCAGUCCUUGGAACAAGAUUCUUCAGAUCAGGGGUUCUCACGGCCAUACAGGAAAAAUUAUAGACAUAAUGAAAAUGGGAAUUCGUUUAGUGAACAAGAAAAGCGGCCUUUUGGGGCAGGAUCAGGGCAACGUGUACAGUAUGAUAAUCAAAGAAUGAGGUCGAAUCCAAUGUUUUCAAGGGACUCUGGUCCUGGUAGAGGUAGAGGAAACUAUGGUUCUUGGGCCCAGCGUGAUUCCAGAUUUAAUCCUGUUGAUCUCUCAUCUCAUAUGGUUCAAGUCAGGUCUAUGGCCCCCAAUAUGUUUGGAGGAAGGGGACUAGCUGGUGUUUCAGCUGCUCAGAGUGCACCAUGGCCUGCUUUUGGAAUGAUUCCUGGAGUUCCAAAUGGUGGCUUGGAUGGUUUCCAUCACUUACAAGGUUCCCUAAGACCUCCCUUAAAUGCUCCACUCAACAUGGGUAUUCCUCGACAGCGAUGCAGAGACUUUGAGGAACGUGGUUUCUGCCUCAGAGGGGACAUGUGUCCAAUGGAGCAUGGGAUGAAUCGUAUUGUUGUUGACGAUGUCCAGAGUCUAUCACAGUUUAACCUUCCUGUUUCAGUCCCUGGUGCACCUCAUCUGGCAGCUUCUUCCAAACCGGUGACUGCACAAUUUGGGGGUGCUAAUUUCAUGAAUGCUAAAGGAGCUCAUGGGAGGAUUAACGAGGUUGGAAUGACUGUUGAUGGUUUGGGUUAUGGGGAUGCAUAUCCUAGUGCUGGUGGAACUGAUUUUUAUGAUCCUGAUCAACCUUUGUGGAAUAACAGUACUGGUGAAACGUCAGGUGCAAUAUCUACUCUAAAUUCUCAUGGGAUUGAUGAGAAUGUAGCUCCAGUGGAUGACAAUAACCAAGAUGGCGCUGAAAAUGGAUGUGGUAUUCGAGAUUCUAGAAGCACAAGUCAAUCAGUUUGGGGAAGAAUGCGUGGUUCUAAUAGUCAAGCAAAUUCGAAAGAGAAAACUGAUGCAGUAUUAAAUUCAUCAGCUGGUCUUGAAGAUCAAUUAAAGGAGGUCUCAGUUAAUAUAUCCCGACAUGGUAAACAAAAUUAUGUCGGUGAAAGUGUCACAAAAGUUGUUGAUUCAUCAAGUACUUCAAAUGAUGCAAUGAACAAUACAAGGAAAUCAACUCAAAAGGCAAUGCGGACUCUAUUUGUGAAUAAUGUUCCCCACGAGAGCAACAGAAGGGACCUCAUUCUUGCCCAUUUUCAGAAGUUUGGGAAAGUUAUUGAUAUUCACAUCCCAUUAAAUAGUGAGCGAGCAUUUGUGCAAUUCUCGAAACGUGAAGAAGCUGAAUCUGCUCUCAGGGCUCCUGAUGCUGUGAUGGGUAACCGCUUUAUUAAACUUUGGUGGGCAAAUAGAGAUAGUAUACCUGAUAAUGGCCUGUCCACUGGCAAUGGUGCUUCUAUGAAGGGUCGUGGUAUGACUGCUUCUGGAGGGCAGAACCAACUUCCGAUUGCUGCAGCUUUGAAAAGCAACCAUGUAAAUUCCAUGGCAAAGGGUCCUGCCUUUCACACUGGUGGAGCUCCAUCCUCCUCUGAACAGUCUAAGCCUGUGGUGGCUACUAGUGGUCCAAAGGUUACGCUGCUUCAGCGGAAGAAAGCAGACACUCUUGAGCAGUUGAAGGAGACACUUCGGAAAAAACAGGAAAUGUUGGAGCAGAAGCGUAACGAGUACCGCAAAAAAUUGGCGACACUUGAAAAACAAGGUACGGUUGUCAAGGGCGAGGAAGCAGAUGAGCCAGAUGCUAAGCGCGCUAAAGUAGACGCAGCCUCUGAUUCCGGUGCUGCUAUUGCAUCACCAAAAACAGAGUCAUCAACAGAUAAGAGAGUGCCUAUCCAGAAACCACUUUCCACUUGCAAGCUAAGCACAGAAACACCAUCUCCUGAUUCAAAAAACCUGAAGCAGAGACCUUAUUCGUAUACCACAAGUUUGAAAGCUCCUAUGGCAAAUAGGUAUAAGUUGGAUAACCGCACCACGACCAUCAAAGUGGUUCCUCCUUUGCCAACUGGUGUUGACGAUGUUCAGAGUCUAUCACAGUUUAACCUUCCUGUUUCAGUCCCUGGUGCACCUCAUCUGGCAGCUUCUUCCAAACCGGUGACUGCACAAUUUGGGGGUGCUAAUUUCAUGAAUGCUAAAGGAGCUCAUGGGAGGAUUAACGAGGUUGGAAUGACUGUUGAUGGUUUGGGUUAUGGGGAUGCAUAUCCUAGUGCUGGUGGAACUGAUUUUUAUGAUCCUGAUCAACCUUUGUGGAAUAACAGUACUGGUGAAACGUCAGGUGCAAUAUCUACUCUAAAUUCUCAUGGGAUUGAUGAGAAUGUAGCUCCAGUGGAUGACAAUAACCAAGAUGGCGCUGAAAAUGGAUGUGGUAUUCGAGAUUCUAGAAGCACAAGUCAAUCAGUUUGGGGAAGAAUGCGUGGUUCUAAUAGUCAAGCAAAUUCGAAAGAGAAAACUGAUGCAGUAUUAAAUUCAUCAGCUGGUCUUGAAGAUCAAUUAAAGGAGGUCUCAGUUAAUAUAUCCCGACAUGGUAAACAAAAUUAUGUCGGUGAAAGUGUCACAAAAGUUGUUGAUUCAUCAAGUACUUCAAAUGAUGCAAUGAACAAUACAAGGAAAUCAACUCAAAAGGCAAUGCGGACUCUAUUUGUGAAUAAUGUUCCCCACGAGAGCAACAGAAGGGACCUCAUUCUUGCCCAUUUUCAGAAGUUUGGGAAAGUUAUUGAUAUUCACAUCCCAUUAAAUAGUGAGCGAGCAUUUGUGCAAUUCUCGAAACGUGAAGAAGCUGAAUCUGCUCUCAGGGCUCCUGAUGCUGUGAUGGGUAACCGCUUUAUUAAACUUUGGUGGGCAAAUAGAGAUAGUAUACCUGAUAAUGGCCUGUCCACUGGCAAUGGUGCUUCUAUGAAGGGUCGUGGUAUGACUGCUUCUGGAGGGCAGAACCAACUUCCGAUUGCUGCAGCUUUGAAAAGCAACCAUGUAAAUUCCAUGGCAAAGGGUCCUGCCUUUCACACUGGUGGAGCUCCAUCCUCCUCUGAACAGUCUAAGCCUGUGGUGGCUACUAGUGGUCCAAAGGUUACGCUGCUUCAGCGGAAGAAAGCAGACACUCUUGAGCAGUUGAAGGAGACACUUCGGAAAAAACAGGAAAUGUUGGAGCAGAAGCGUAACGAGUACCGCAAAAAAUUGGCGACACUUGAAAAACAAGGUACGGUUGUCAAGGGCGAGGAAGCAGAUGAGCCAGAUGCUAAGCGCGCUAAAGUAGACGCAGCCUCUGAUUCCGGUGCUGCUAUUGCAUCACCAAAAACAGAGUCAUCAACAGAUAAGAGAGUGCCUAUCCAGAAACCACUUUCCACUUGCAAGCUAAGCACAGAAACACCAUCUCCUGAUUCAAAAAACCUGAAGCAGAGACCUUAUUCGUAUACCACAAGUUUGAAAGCUCCUAUGGCAAAUAGGUAUAAGUUGGAUAACCGCACCACGACCAUCAAAGUGGUUCCUCCUUUGCCAACUGGGUUAGCUGAUGUGGCUGUCUUAAAGGAACAUUUUUCUUCUUAUGGCGAAGUCUCAAAAGUGGAACUGGAAGACAAUGUGUCCAUUGAUAGUGGCAAGGACCAUGAAACAGAUAACGAAAACCGUGCAGCUUGUGUCACAUUUUUGAAACGCAGCGCAGCCGAGAAAGCAUUAGCUAAUGCAAAGUGUUGGCAAGAACACAUGUUGCAGCUUGUGUGGGUAACACGUCAAAGCAGCAGAGAGAGCAAUAAUAACAGCAAAAGCAAGUGCGCUUCUAAUGACCCAAAACCAGCAGAUGAAGUCAAGACCUCCUCUACAGAAAAACUAGAGAAUACAAAUGUUUCUGAAGACAACGACAGUACUUUGGAUAAACAAGAGACCAAAGAAAGCGACAACGAUAACAAUAAAAGUAACCACGAGUCCAUCGAAGGAGCUUCUGAGGCGAUUGUAGCUACAGGAACUGAUGAAGAUCAGUCUGAACAAAUCCGUGAGUGAGGUAAUCUUUUUGUCUCAGAAGCAUAUCUUUUGAUCUUGGGAUCUGGUAUUAGUGAUCUUUUUCUCCGUUUUAGGCUAUUUAGCCAAUUCGUGAGACGUUAAUAUUUGUUGGUAGCAAAAGAUAUAUCUAAGUAAUUUUAUUUUUUCCUUUUUUUCGAUAGUAGAAUGUGAAAAAGAAAAGAGAGAAAAGAGAAGACAGAAAAAAAAAAGUGUAUUGUUACAUUUGGCCUUCCAAGAACAUUUGGUUGGGUCUUUGUAUCAGCAGAUCUUUGUGUUUUUUCCCCCAGUUAUUUAGCUGCUAUAACAAUUUCGAUUCUGUUGUAUAUAGUCUUGGACAUUUUGAUC